GUGGGUCCGCGGGCGGUCGAAACGUCAAUGUUACAAUGAACAGGACGCUCUACCCAUGAGAGUCGCUUCAAUACUUUUCCUCCUUCAUCUAUUUUCCCUAGCCUGCUUUUGGUAUGUAUUUUCUUUGCCGCAACAAUACCCCCCAUUGUUGUGUUUUGCUUUGUUUCCUUCCCUUUCUUUCCUUCCGGUUUGUCGCCUUUCUCCUUCGAUGCGCUCGCUUGUAAUACACAUAUUUACAUGACUACGGAAAGUCGUUAAUGGGCUAAGAGAGAUGGAUGACGAGAGGGGUUAGGACCAUGGUCAGGGAUGAGGAUGAGGAUAUGUUGGCUAUGCUUGUUUGUUGGAUAUGCAUUACCUUUCCCUUGCCUCACCUCAUGCAGCAGGCGCCCUACGGCAGGUCCUUCGGCGGGUACCGAGGGAUGCUGUGUCGGGGUGCGGGGUGGGGUGUGGUUCGUUGCUGGGGUUGUCUGUGUGGCUUCGAGGCUGUUGCUGCUGCUUGCUUAUUGCUCGCUGUUUGUUUUGUUUGUGUUUUUCUUUUAUUUUUAUUUUUUCCCCUCCCUUUCAGUGGCUGCUACGAUAUCCCAUGUAUGAUAAUAGGAUUGGAAUUUCGAUGGGUACUAUGGACUUUUUUCUGUUUGCGGGAGUGGGAACGAGCGAGAUCGUGGACGAUGUUGAGGUAGGGGUUCUGGUGUGGAGAGUGAUGGUUUGGUUGGCGUAGAUUGAGGGUAGUUGUGCUCGAGUAGAGUAUGUAGAGUCGGAAUGGGUAAUGGGCCUGGCUUGAUGGCCGGGCGGUUCUUCUUCUUUG